UUCAUUCCAUUCAUUCAGGAUUCAAGAUGUUAGUGUUGGCCUCUCUUCUAACAGUACUGGUCUGCGAUGUCAGUGCCAUAAAAUCUCAACAGGGCAUUGUCUUUUGGAGUGACCUGAAACACGAUACAGAACAUGUCGCACACCAAGAUGGUCACCUUACUAAUCUCGUCAAUCCUGCCUCCGCGAUCCUCGCUGGAAAACGUGAUGUCAACGAUCAAAAGCGAGACUUCUGGAGCCAUCUGAAACACGAGGUAGAACAUGUCGCACAUCAAGUCGGACACGUUGUUGAAGGGGCGGUCGCAGCUAACCUCGCCAAUUCUGCUUCCGCGAUCCUUGCUGGAAAACGUGAUGUCAACGAUCAAAAGCGAGACUUCUGGAGCCAUCUGAAACACGAGGUAGAACAUGUCGCACAUCAGGUCGGACACGUUGUUGAAGGGGCGGUCGCAGCUAAUCUCGCCAAUUCUGCUUCCGCGAUCCUUGCUGGAAAACGUGAUGUCAACGAUCAAAAGCGAGACUUCUGGAGCCAUCUGAAACACGAGGUAGAACAUGUCGCACAUCAGGUCGGACACGUUGUUGAAGGGGCGGUCGCAGCUAAUCUCGCCAAUUCUGCUUCCGCGAUCCUCGUUGGAAAACGUGAUGUCAACGAUCAAAAGCGAGACUUCUGGAGCCAUCUGAAACACGAGGUAGAACAUGUCGCACAUCAGGUCGGACACGUUGUUGAAGGGGCGGUCGUAGCCAACCUCGCCAAUUCUGCUUCCGCUAUACUUGCUGGAAAACGUGAUGUCAACGAUCAAAAGCGAGACUUCUGGAGCCAUCUGAAACACGAGGUAGAACAUGUCGCACAUCAGGUCGGACACGUUGUUGAAGGGGCGGUCGCUGCUAACCUCGUCAAUUCUGCUUCCGCGAUCCUCGUUGGAAAACGUGAUGUCAACGAUCAAAAGCGAGACUUCUGGAGCCAUCUGAAACACGAGGUAGAACAUGUCGCACAUCAGGUCGGACACGUUGUUGAAGGGGCGGUCGCUGCUAACCUCGUCAAUUCUGCUUCCGCUAUACUUGCUGGAAAACGUGAUGUCAACAACCAAAAGCGAGACUUCUGGAGCCAUCUGAAACACGAGGUAGAACAUGUCGCACAUCAGGUCGGACACGUUGUUGAAGGGGCGGUCGCUGCUAAUCUCGCCAAUUCUGCUUCCGCGAUCCUUGCUGGAAAACGUGAUGUCAACGAUCAAAAGCGAGACUUCUGGAGCCACCUGAAACACAACAUUGAGAAUGUUGCCCACAACGUUGGGCAUGCGGCAGAGGCAGCGGCAGUGACGUCUUUGACUAACGCUACAAUUGGUGCAACGGCUGGUAAGAGAGGCGCUAAGAAUAAACGCGAGUUCUGGAGAGAUCUGGAACACGAAACAGAACAUGUCGCAUACCAAGAUGGUCACGCAGCUAAUCUCGCCAAUUCUGCUUCCGCGAUCCUUGCUGGAAAACGUGAUGUCAACGAUCAAAAGCGAGACUUCUGGAGCCAUCUGAAACACGAGGUAGAACAUGUCGCACAUCAGGUCGGACACGUUGUUGAAGGGGCGGUCGUUGCUAAUCUCGCCAAUUCUGCCACCGCGAUUCUCGCUGGAAAACGUGAUGUCAACGAUCAAAAGCGAGACUUCUGGAGCCAUCUGAAACACGAGGUAGAACAUGUCGCACAUCAGGUCGGACACGUUGUUGAAGGGGCGGUCGCUGCUAAUCUCGCCAAUUCUGCCACCGCGAUUCUCGCUGGAAAACGUGAUGUCGACGAUCAAAAGCGAGACUUCUGGAGCCACCUGAAACACGACAUUGAGAAUGUUGCCCACAACGUUGGGCAUGCGGCAGAGACAGCGGCAGUGACGGCUUUGACUAACGCUGCAAUUGGUACACCGGCUGGUAAGAGAGGCGCUAAGAAUAAACGCGAGUUCUGGAGAGAUCUGGAACACGAACCUGCUCACCAAGUCGGCCUGUCUGUAGAGGGUGCUGCUGACAUCGCCCUCACUAACGCUGUGGAUGAGAGGGAUGCCACGAAACGAGACUCCUGGAGCAAUCUGAAACUGGAAUUUGAAAACAUUGGUCAUCAGAUUGGGCAGAUGUUUGAAGGUGUAGUGGUCACUGCCAACACAGGAGCAGGGGGGUUUGGGAAACGCGACAUUGCUGAAAUAAUAAAGGUUUUUUGGGAGCGUCUCAAGGCUGAAGUCAUUGAUAUUGUCCAUGAGGUUGAAGGUGUGCUUGUGAACGGCCUGGUGCAUCUACAGAAUGGUGCGAAUAGUGUCGAGGACAAGAGAGGGGUAGCGAACAUUAACGACAUAAUGGCGGAACUGGCUGCUUUCAGAAAGGAUUUUGUAACUUGGCUGAAUAAAAUGUUGUACUCAGAACAACAUAUGAAAGCAGUGAACAGUGGAACUCAGACCAACGCAAAAUGAACAACUUGCCAUGGAUCCGAGGAGUCGGCUGCACAAGAGUGCGUGUUGAAGUCACAGAACUCGUUUAGUUCCGGUUGUACUAUGUAGCUGGUGUUAGUAUGAAUAAAGCACACAUCCCUUGGUAUAUCUGGGUAUGUAAAACCUACAA